UCCAUCACAAAUCCAAAUGAUGGCCCCAUACUAGUUACUAUGAAGAAAAUGAACUCUAUCCCAGCCAAAACCAGCACACUUGCAAACAGCAUAAGGCUGUAAAAAACAUUCAAGGUGAGCCACCAGGUAAGAGGACUUCAGGGGUACUUGCCCAUGCCAAGCCACGGGAGCACUUCUUUCUGAAGCUUCCUGUUUGAAGAAGUGGAGGAGAGGAUUAUCAGAUUAGCAAGUGUAAAAUGGCCUGUGCAAGGCAGUUUUGUGUCUACUGAUUGCCUUUGUGAUGCUUGACAGAGCACAAGUCAAUUCUGACCUGAGAGCCUGCCUCAGCUGCUGUCUGUCUUGGUUUUCUUUUUGCAUCUCUCUCUUUAACGUUUCAGCCUCUACCAUUUUUAGCUAGUGAACCUGUCUGUCCUCAGGGAGAUAUGCUUCUUAUCUGCUGGGACCUUCCUCUGACAGAGAUCUUAAUGAUUAUGUGGUUGAAUUAUUUGUUGAGAGAUUAUUUGCAGGCCAGGAAGGUAAACCAAGAACAACUCUGGGUUGCUUGUGGUGGACUGUAAAAGACAUUCUCAGAGUUUUUACUAGAAGGAAAAUUGAGGAGAAGGGAGGGUUUGCUUAGAGAAUGAGCUGGGUAUACAGUAUUUCCUGCCCACUCCAAAUGUCCGCCAGUAGUAUAUGUGAUGUAAACAGGAUAAAAAUUAGUUGGUGUCAAAAACUGACAGAAGCAAUAGCCGUGUUACUAGGGAAAUGCAUCUAUUGUAACACAUGAGAAGAAUUGGAAGUUAUAAAGAAGAAAAUGAGCAUUUUGUUAAAAAUGGAUGUUCUAUUUCAAAGAAAAGGUAUGAUAUGGAUUAUCUUGGCUUUUUAGGAUUCUUAAAAAAUAGGGCACAAAAUGUUUUAUCUUGGUGCACUUCCAGGCCAUCUGAUAUAAGCUGGACAUACUUAGAGGCUUAAUAAUGAUAGUGAGGCAGAAUUGUUUCUGUACUGGCAUUACUGAAACUCAUUAUUGUAGUCACGUCCCUGAGAUUUAUAGUUGUUGCUUAUAAGGAUGGUUGCAUGUGUGAAAGGUGUCAUCUGCCACUUCUUACUGGCAGACACAUUAAUUCUACUAAAUCUGCUUUGUUCAUAGAUAAUUUCUUAGUUUCAAAUGUUAUGCAAAAAUGACAUAAUUAUUUUUUGUGUAGUAUUUUUCUGUAGCGAGUCAUUUUGGCAAAGAAAAAUUCAUCACCAAAAUAGAACCGUGGAGGUAAAGUAACAGCUUUAGCCUGCGUGUGGUCUGAGCGCUAUGACAAAAACCUUGAUGGGGUUUUCAGAGAAAGCAACCCAUUGCAAUUUCAUCUUCAUGAAUGCAUUUGUAACUUAAAAAGAGCUUAGACGUUAAGCCUCACUAACAAUUUACUUGGAAACAGCAACACAGUGUGUGUGGCUUUGCAUCGAUCUGGUGCGGGUUAUCUGCAACCCUGCUCCCCUACAUCUUGCUACUGGUAGUAAUCCCAUUAGACAAUCACAUCUGGUGUCCUCAAUACACAGAUUAAUAGUAAUUGAAAAAGUACUUCGAGUGGGUUUGAUUAACUGUGUGGUCAUUUUAUUACCAGAGCCUCUUGUACCCUAUAUCUUUGUAUUAAGUGAAGUGAAUUUAUGGCCUGUUAGGACAUGCUAGUCUACAGUUGUGCACAUAACUGUCUGUUAUUUAGUCAAAACUACAAGAAUCAAGGGUUGAGCAUUUUCAUACUCAUGAAUCUUUAAUGCAACUGUACUAAAUGUUACUGUAAUAGCUGAUUACCAAUCUGUGGCUGAGUUGUUUGAGGAAAGUGGUCUGUAAGCUGUUGAGCAGCAGCUAGCUCUUCCUAGGGUUGUUUUGUUUAGCUCGAUGGAAGAGAAACGUAUACUUCAGUGUGGCAAGCAUUUGCUUCCAGUGUGGCUGAUGGCCUGGAUCUGAAUAGCUGUUAGGAUGCCAGGAAUGGGAAAUCUGUUUGGACAAAAUUGCACCAAUUUGUUUCUCAGUAGCAGGUGGACAGAAUUGGGCUUUAGCAGAGAAAUAUUUUUGUGUUCCUAAACCUUUCUAAUCUUUUGGCUAACAAUAUUUAUCCUUGGCUAGUGAUGUUUAUCUAUGUACAGUUUAUUUCUCCAUUUUAUUCGGAGGAGAGGGAAAGCUAUUGAGGGAAAAAAGUUGACCUGGUUAUCCACAUGGAUAGAUUGAGAAGGUUUUGAGCUUUAUUUUCCCAUAGAACUGUUUUUGGAAUGGAUCUGAGGAACUGAAAAAGCUGUAGCAUGUUUACUAAGAAUGGGUCUAGAUUUGGGCAAGUGAACGAACUCUGCAGAAUCACACUUAGCCCAUGUGCAGAUGGAAGUUCCUAAAUAGAAACUGAGCUUGUGCGCUCUCCAUGAGGUGGGGAUAGCAGGGGAAGAUGUCCAUUAUAAAUGUAGCUGUGUUCUUGAAACCUGUUGUCCAGGCUUUUCUUUCAGAGAAAUGGUGUCUUGUUAAAUGCAAGCUGCACAGAUUCACAGUCACUCUGGCGGAGAGGUAUGUUACGACCUCCAGCUUCCACAGUACAAAAUAAACAGAAUAUUAGUGUCUAACCUGUACUGAACAGUGAAGUCUGGUGCACUAGCAAGACAAUAGCACUAUAUUUACAGGCUAUGUUGGCCAGGAUGAGGAGAUCUAAGUAUUUCAACAGUUUGGUGUUUGCUGUAACUUUUGUAUGUUCAGACUUAGUAAUCUGGUAACACAGGAGGCCCUGUGGUGUUAGAACAUGGGAAACAGGUACUGUUUCUGGGUUGGUGUACAGAGGGGGAAAAAGGCUGAUAACUGUGACAUCUGCUUAGUAACUUUAACAACUAACUCUUAAAGUAGGUUGCUAUUUCACUUCUGGCUAGAAGAAAUACAGCAUCUUUUGGCUGAAGUGUUAGGAUCUGAAUGCAAGAUACAGAUUCACAGAAGGAUUAUACAGUGGGACCUUACAGUUGAGAAAGUUUCACUGCAUCCACAAAAUGGUCAGAAGGAACAUGUGGAAAACUUAUACUGGCCUGUUUCUUCUAAAAUGAGGCAGGUUCUAAAGAGGAGCACAGAACUAACCUUCAGCAGCAGCAUAUAAAUAUAACCCUACUUCCUAGGAAAGGAAGAGAACAUUAAAACGUUGUGUUGGGACAAAGUUGUGAAGUGCAGUCUUUAAACAUCUGCCAACCUAAGGUACACAAAAAGUUGAGCUGCAUGUUGAUCACUGUAUUGCUCCCGUUUUGCCCAUUAACUUAAUCGCUGAAGCAUGGAGAAAGCUACCACUGAAAAAAAUGCCAUUUUGUAACAUUUUGCCAUUACUGUAUUACCUCAGUCAGGUCUCAUUUAAUGUUGUUACCUGAAGGGUCACUAAAUGUGUGAUACGAAAACUGUCAGUCUUUCCUUGAUGGAAAGGGCCUUUUCUCACCUAAGAGUUGCAGUGUCUGCCCCAAAAGGCAAGAUGGCAGGCAUUUACAGGCUGGAGCAAUAGACAGUGGGGCAGAGAGGUUUCAGGAAAGUAAUCCAGGUUUUUAAUUUUCUGAUGAAAGACCUAUGAAGUAUGUUCUGCGUAAAGUUGAAAUCCAUGCCACAUCUGGCACUUGGCAGUCAUUUCAUUGUUUCUUCCCAAGAAUAUUCUGCAUGCCCCUGCUUAGUUUUGCAGAGAAGGGGAGGAAGACUGUGGCAGCCAGCUGGAAAAUGUGGAACAUUUUGUCAUUUCUCAGCACCCUGCUCUGCUAAAACAUGGCAAAGCACACGUAGGACACCCAUGCUGUGGUGCUGCUAUCAAACAGGCAUUGCUUUCUAAGCCGGUAUGUGCGGGGACCUGCAAAAUACAGAGAAGAAACAAGAGUAGAUUUUUUCCUUGUAGACUUCACCUGAGUGAUCAUUGUCAGAGCAAACCAGUCACUGCGACAAAGCAGCACAACAAACAGACGCUUACAGCUUCUCUUCAGACUGGUUGCUUCUGCACUUAGGGAUGGGCUGUAUCCCACUGCCAGCCCCAGGCUCACCUGGACCUGUGCCCACCACAGCAAGUUUCAUCUCCACUCUGGCUGCUCCCCGGUGUUUCUUUUAUCCUUUCCGUGGGCAGGGCUUGCAAACCAGGCCAGGGAAGCACACCCAGGUUUUCCACAGCUGGGUGGAAAUUAUUCCAGGCAUAGACUCUGGUGGAAUGCUUUCUUCUCCUUCAUCUCCUUGUGUGGACUCUGCCCUCAGAUUAUUUCCUUGGCAGAUCUUCCCUGCUAUGUAGUAGUUACGCCAGUCAUUUUCCUUGCAUGGGUAAGGCCUGAAGCCCUGGGUACGUGACCUGGAGCCCGAGGCUGAACAAGUCUCGGUUUCAGCAUGGUGAAGGUAAGUGCUGUGCAUACACCUGAGUGAAGGGUGAGUGGAAUUAGAGCCAUGGAAGAUACCAGGCUUGGCCAGGAGUAUGUCUUGAACGCUUUGAGCUGAGCUGAUACUCCUUCAUGCUCAAACCCCUUGGAAUGUCCACAUCUCACUUGAAGAAUUGUGUUGCCAAAUUGUUGUCUUUCCUCUGGGGUCAUGUCAUUGGGCUGACUGACGUAUCUAAGGAUUUCUAUUCUUGGGAAGUCUUCCAGCAUCAAAAAGCCAGCCCAAUGGAAAAGAGCUACUUUUGAACAAGCCCCAAGUAGGACUCUGCUUUGGCUUAUGAACUCUGGUGCAUCGCACUGAUUUCAGGUUCUUGAUGCUGUUCUGUACCGAUUUCUGUUUUGCUUGUUGCAAGCUUUCAAGUACUUCUGAAGUACCAGCGUGUUAACAAACUGCUGAACUGACAAUACAAGCUUUAAUCCGCACUGCUGCUUUAGCCUUGUACUUGAUGAUGGAAGAGCCAAAGAAACAGCUGAACCUGGUAGAAAACCGCACUGAAGCCAAAUAACUUAGCUAACAUGUUUUGUAACCAGUGUGUUUCUCAGAAGCAAUAAGAUUAAAUGGAUCAGCCGGUGUGCUCUGUGCCUGGUGGAAAGAAGCUUAUUUCAAUUAAGAGGACCAGAGAAUCUGUGCCUCGGUCCAGAAAGAAAAUGAAUUCCACAGAAGACCUUGACUAUCCUCAAGUCAUCUUGCAAUACAACAGUGGAUUUUUAGUUUCAAAGGUUAUGUUCACUGCCUGUGAGUUGGGGGUGUUUGAUCUUCUGCUGGAGUCAGGAGAGCCUCUGUCUUCAGAUGCCAUUGCUGCGCGCUUGGGUACCAGCACCACAGGGAUGGAAAGACUGCUGGAUGCCUGUGUGGGACUGAAGCUCUUGGCAGUAGAGCUGACACAAGAAGGAGCCCUCUACAGAAACACAGAAAUUUCCAACAUCUACCUUACAAAAUCAAGUCCCAAGUCUCAGUAUCAUAUUAUGAUGUAUUAUUCCAAUACAGUCUACUUGUGCUGGCACUACCUGGCUGAUGCUGUGAGGGAGGGAAGAAACCAAUAUGAAAGAGCUUUCGGCAUUUUAUCUAAAGACCCUUUUGGAGCAAUGUACAGAUCAGAAGAAGAAAUGCUGAAAUUCAUGGCUGGCCAGAACUCAGUAUGGAGUAUAUGUGGCAGAGAUGUUCUUGCUGCAUUUGACCUUUCCCCUUUCAGGCAGAUCUGUGACCUGGGAGGAGGUGGAGGAGCUUUGGCCCGCGAGUGUGUUUCUUUGUACCCAAAUUCCACGGUCACAAUUUAUGACCUGCCAAAGGUCGUGCAACUGGCCAAAGAGCAAUUUGUUCCCCCUGAGGAGCAUCGGAUCGCUUUCCAUGAAGGAGACUUCUUUAAUGAUUCAAUUCCAGAAGCUGAACUAUAUAUUUUAUCCAAGAUACUGCACGACUGGGAUGAUGACAAAUGCAGGCAGCUGCUGGCAAAAGUCUACAAGGCUUGCAGAGCUGGUGGUGGAGUGCUGCUGGUUGAAUCGCUUCUGAAUGAAGAUAAAAGUGGGCCUUUAGAAACCCAACUGUAUUCGAUGAAUAUGUUGGUCCAGACAGAAGGAAAAGAGCGAACAGCAGCAGAGUACAGCAAGCUCCUCGAGGCAGCUGGCUUCAGAGAGGUUCAAGUCAAGAGGACUGGAAAACUCUAUGAUGCUGUUUUAGGAAGUAAGUAAUAGUACCUCUUUUAUGUACCUAACAAGAUAGAAUAAGUGGAUAAAUAUGAUAUUCUCUUCUAAGAGGGGAAUCAUCAACUUAGCUUUUAGUUAAGGCAGCCAACAUUUUUGUGAGCUGAUAUACUGUCAGGAGAAUCACUAAUGAUAGAUCUUGAGCGUGCAUGGAUUGUGAGUCUGGGAGCCUGACUAGGGCUUGCCUUUGGAUCUGGAACAGAAAGAAAGAAAUCAACACGUUCCACAAGAAAUGAUCCACGAAAGAAAUGUGUAGUGUGUCUGCUUCAGAUUUUUUCAUUCUUUCCAAUUUUAACGCUGUAUCUGACAAAAGCAAAGCUGAAUUUGUACUUGAAUUCCUGCAAAAUAAAACUGAUCACAGUA